UACUAGUCAUACUGUUACUAGAAGAAAGGAUGCAGUGCCAGUGGAGCAAGCUCGACGAAACAAAGCAUCGCAUCAAAAUAAAGACUGCCGUUCUUUAUUUGACAGCGAUUCUGAAAAAAGAUGAGGAUAGACGACAUUCUCGCUGCCCCUGUGCGGUUGGCUCCGCACGUCUCUACUCUCGAGUUUGGGAACGAUGCUGCUACCGUGCCAGGCCCCCACCAUCCAGCCCCACACGGUCUUCAACCUCCUAGUUGCUCCACGCCGCCUACGACACGCGCUGAAUUAGAUCGCAUACAAAGUCGUGCUGGUCAAGGUGCUUCUGGUGCCGAGUCGAUAGUCGGCAAAACAAAAGGAGGCAAGUUUUCCGGUUCGAGUUUUGAAGAUUACAAUCAGGAGCGGUGGUCAGCAAGUGGCGCGAAUAGACACGGACAAUAUCAUCAGCAACCGUCUUCAGGAGAUGCAUUAGACAAAGUUUUGAAUCUUCAAAACAACAAAGAUAUGAUCCCCUCGUCCUCGUAUCAAUUCGGUCGGGUAUCUGCGUCUGGUGCUGCAACGGUAGCAAUAGCUGGAGCUAGUAGUCGAGCAGUAAACAGCGCGAGAGCUGAACAUCAGAUGAGCAACAACCCCUUUGUGAUACACUCGAGAAGAUCUUCAUCGAACAAUUAUGGAUCCUCUAGUUCCUCUGGUGACGUGAACAGCAGAGCAACAAGACGAGGCCGAGGGGGCCACGGCGCAGGUGGUCGUUUCAACAAUUAUGCUCCAGCAAUGUUGUCCUUGCCAGGAAGUUUCCACUCCAGCUCAACAACUCAUUGGUCCUCGGCAGCUCCGACGAGUAGGUUGCCUGUUGUAAACAGCUUUCUUCGAGGGCCAAGUAGCAAAGGUCCUCCAUCUUCAAUAUCCGCGACUGAACUUCACGUGCUGCCCCUUUACGCCACUGUAGGGCCAGCAGCCGCAGCUGGUGCGGCACAACAUCACCAAGGAGCAGCUGCAACAGCACGUAGCCACCAACUGCAACCUACGACAUCAUCGUCAAAUAGUAGUGGACGAGGUGGUGCUUUCUUUCAUCGAGAAGAGAGUUACCCAGCAAAUGGUCCGCUGUUGUCAUCCCCUACAGGCCGCUCAUCACGGUUGCAGCCAAUUGUAGAACAUCGAUCUCGUCAGGAUCAUAGGACCCCUGUUGGCGGACAAGCGGGGAUGGGGAUGUUCACCAUGAACAUGUAUGGAAAUGGACAAGAUGAUAACCAGGGAGGGUUUAACAAUCAUAGUUCAGCAGGCAUAGGAGGCGCAGGUGUACAACAAGGUGCAGGAGCAGCGGCCUCUUCCUCAACUGUAGGACAAAGCAGACUUUUCAUGCCUGCUUCAUCAAUGCGGAAAGAAGCACAAGAAACGCUGUCUAAGAUUCUGAGUGUUGGUGACCACGCAAAAAGGAGCCAUACUUUGAACAUGCUAAGUGGCUCGUCGAAACUACACUGGGGUGCCCGAUUGGUACCAUCAUGGAAAACUGAUGAAAAUGUUGAGACAGGAGUAAGAAAUAGAUUCUGAGUUCUUAUGCAAGUGAUGAUGUAAGAGUAAAAAGUAAAGUCUUUGGUACAGUAGAGUAGUUAAGGGUAGGCUAAAGGUACUUUUGUUACCGGUUGUUGUGGUUCUCCUAAGGGGGACAGCCAUAACAAGCGGGAUAAACG